AUGCGCAUGAGGGUUUCGGACCAGGUGCUCCAGAUGGUGCCAGCCAUGAUGAGGAUGUUGAUGGCCAUGCAGACCAAGGAGCCAGCCAUGAUCAUGAAGAUAUUGAUGGCCAUGGCCAUGCAGACCAAGGAGAAGAAGGCUUCGAAACGAAAUUACAUCUUGGCACCGGACGAGGAAGAACCAGAAAGAACCACUCAGAGCAAGCACUUCAUCGACAAGGUCAUGUUUAUAUCAGCUGUGACUAGGCCGAGGUUUGGCGUGGAUGGGACUGUUAUUUUUGAUGGCAAGAUAGGCACAUGGCCUUUCACAUAUUGUGAGCCGGCUCAAAGGACGAGUGUGAACAGACCUCGUGGUACAAUGGUAACUAAGCCCUUGGCGGUGACCAAGGAUGUUAGCCGUGAUUACCUCGUGAACAAGGUGUUGCCAGCUAUCAAAGAGAAGUGGCCAGUGGAGGAACGUGGCCCAAGUCUUCAAUCAUUGUUUCACAAGUCUUCUCCGCGAUCUGUCGAUGACAUUAUAGCAAAGGUGGAACAAGCUUGGGCCGAAUAUCCCGUUAAGAGAAGUAAUCAUGUUUUUCUUACACAUCAGAAGUGUAUGCAAGAGAUCAUGCGGAUCAAAGGAGGACAUCACUACAAGAUUCCGCACAUGAAGAAAGAAUCAUUAGAGAGGAAUGGCGGGAUUCCUGUUAUGAUUACAUGUGAUCCAACCAUAGUGAAUGAGGCAAGAGAGUAUGUCAUGGAGUAG